GGGAAGGCAGCGAGCAGGAUCCCUUAGUCCGCGGGCGGCGCGAGGCGUCUGGCUCUUCGCGGCGGCUGCGAGGGGAAAAGAAGCGCGGGGGCUGGGUGGAAUCGAGGAGUGAGGAAAAAGGGAAGGGGCGGGGGAGAGGGACCAGGGAAGGCGUCAGGGGGAAUCUCGCGAGGGUUGGAGUUUUGGCGAGAGUUUGUGGAAGAUGGCGCCUGUUGUGACAGGUCAUUGAAAUUAUGAGACUAUCAUUCACAUGGAAGCAUUGUAGUUCUUCGGAACCAUUAUGAUCUCAAAAGGAAAGGAGAAUGAUACAGAUACACUGGCUGAGGUGUUUUGAGGUGCAUCGAAGUGUUCCAAGCUGUGACUUACCUUAACAUGUUCUUGAAGUACCAUGGCGUGGAUUAAAAGAAAAUUUGGUGAGCGGCCUCCACCUAAACGACUCACUAGGGAAGCUAUGCGAAAUUACUUAAAAGAGCGAGGGGAUCAAACAGUACUUAUUCUUCAUGCAAAAGUUGCACAGAAGUCAUAUGGAAAUGAAAAAAGGUUUUUUUGCCCUCCUCCUUGUGUGUAUCUUAUGGGCAGUGGAUGGAAGAAAAAAAAAGAACAAAUGGAACGGGAUGGUUGUUCUGAACAAGAGUCUCAACCAUGUGCAUUUAUUGGAAUAGGAAAUAGUGACCAAGAAAUGCAGCAGCUGAACUUGGAAGGAAAGAACUAUUGCACAGCCAAAACAUUGUACAUAUCUGACUCAGACAAGAGAAAGCACUUCAUGUUGUCUGUAAAGAUGUUCUACGGCAACAGCGAUGACAUCGGUGUGUUCCUCAGCAAGCGGAUAAAAGUCAUUUCCAAACCUUCCAAAAAGAAGCAGUCAUUGAAAAAUGCUGACUUAUGCAUCGCCUCAGGAACAAAGGUGGCUCUGUUUAAUCGACUUCGAUCCCAGACAGUUAGUACCAGAUACUUGCAUGUAGAAGGAGGUAAUUUCCAUGCCAGUUCUCAGCAGUGGGGAGCGUUUUACAUUCAUCUCUUGGAUGAUGAUGAAUCAGAAGGAGAAGAAUUCACAGUUCGCGAUGGCUACAUCCACUACGGACAAACAGUCAAACUUGUGUGCUCCGUUACUGGCAUGGCACUCCCAAGACUGAUAAUUAGGAAGGUUGAUAAGCAGACCGCAUUACUGGAUGCAGAUGACCCUGUGUCACAACUCCAUAAAUGUGCAUUUUACCUUAAGGAUACAGAAAGAAUGUACUUGUGCCUUUCUCAAGAAAGAAUAAUCCAGUUUCAGGCCACUCCAUGCCCAAAAGAACCAAAUAAAGAGAUGAUAAAUGAUGGAGCUUCCUGGACAAUCAUUAGUACAGAUAAGGCAGAGUAUACAUUUUAUGAGGGGAUGGGCCCUGUCCUUGCCCCAGUCACCCCUGUGCCUGUUGUAGAAAGUCUUCAGUUGAAUGGCGGUGGGGACGUAGCAAUGCUUGAACUUACAGGACAGAAUUUCACUCCAAAUUUACGAGUGUGGUUUGGGGAUGUAGAAGCUGAAACUAUGUACAGAUGUGGAGAGAGUAUGCUCUGUGUCGUCCCAGACAUUUCUGCAUUCCGAGAAGGUUGGAGAUGGGUCCGACAGCCAGUCCAGGUUCCAGUAACUUUGGUCCGUAAUGAUGGAAUCAUUUAUUCCACCAGCCUUACCUUUACCUACACACCAGAACCAGGGCCACGGCCACACUGCAGUGCAGCAGGAGCAAUCCUUCGAGCCAAUUCAAGCCAAGUGCCCCCCAAUGAAUCAAACACAAACAGCGAGGGAAGUUACACAAAUGUCAGCACAAAUUCAACCAGUGUCACAUCCUCUGCAGCAACAGUGGUGUCCUAACUACCGUCUUUUUGCUAGGACUUAAACUGACUGGAGUGCCGCAAGAUGUUGACAAAAAAAGAAAAGAGAGAGAGAGAAAGAAAAAGGAAAAAAAUGAACAAUCUUUUGUGGUUUCUUGGGAAAACUUUUCAUACCAGGUGAUACUGUUCCAAAACCCCAUUACCUACAAGUGCUGAUUGGAAGCGCAGAAGCCACAGUAAAACAGACAAGCAAAACAUGGAAAUGUGCAAACUGUUGGAAGUUGAUUUUUUUUUUUUUAAAGCUGUUCUUUUUGUUUGAUUGGGUUUUGUUUGGUUUUGUUUAAAUGGGCAAGAAAUAGAGAUGUGGCUGGAAUAAAAGUUAAUCAAACUAGAGGACACAAAUCUAACAUAGUUUUUACGGACCAAGGAACUUCUAUAAGCUUUAGCAAAAGGUACAUUUUCACCAUACCUUUUUUUUUAUAUCACAGUAUCUAGUACACCUUUGUUACCAAAUAGGUUGUUCUCCUUCCCGCCUCCUUUUGAGCUUUCACUCUUCAGUACAUUCAAGUUCCAAGCCUGACCACACUUGUUUAAUCUAAUUACCAUAUUCUUCCAGGUUUUUUUGUUUUGUUUUUUAAAUUUAAGGCUGGAACUAUUCUUUUUUUUUCUUUAUUUUUUCUUUUUAUUUGGUUGUUUUUUGUUUUUUGUUUUUUUAAAGCUGAUGUCUUAUGACUUUUCAUGAGUCAAAAUUGUUUUGAUUUCAGCAAGUCAGAUCUUGUAAAGGCCACAUAUUUUUUUAAGAUUAUAUGAAGUCUGUGCAAAAGCUUUAAAAAAAAAAAAUGCCUCUGCCUUGCCUGCAAUACAUGCAACGUACAUGAACUUCGUCUCUGUUCACAGACGCUGUCCCGUAGUUAUGAUCUUGUUUUCCUUUUUUUUUUUUUUUUUAAUUAAAGGUAUUUAUAGUGGUAUUCCAGGAGGGUCUGACAUUUAUGUGGAAUUAAAUGUGGCCAUUUAGUCCUUAAGGAAUUAAUGGCACAGAACAUGUUGGGUAUUUGAAGUGUUCUCUCCCAUUUUCCCAUGCAUAAAUGUAUCUCCGUGUUCCAGGUUUUGUUCAGGUCCCUUCCCCCAUCCCCCCUCCCCAAUUCCCCGAUCUUGUACAUAACUUGUAUUAUGUGUAAGUUAAACAUUUUAUUUUGAACUUGGAAUGUUCCCAGUGAUUUCAUUCAGCAGGGUGUUUUCUGCCUUGUGGGCAUAUGACAAAAAAAAAAAGAAAGAAAGAAAAGAAAAAGAAAGAAAUAUCAUGAGAUGUAUUUGCUACCAGUUGGUAGAUGGUGCCCUUAUUGUAUAACGAGGAAAAUCUCAGCAAAAGCAUGUGUUUGUUUACUUUUUCUUUCUUUCUUUCUUUUUUUUUUUUUUUUUUUUUGUAGCUUAGGUCAAAACAUCAUUGUAACCUUAAAACAAGAUGCUUUUAUUAGAUGACCAACUAAAAUAGCUUGGAAGACAGUACUUUAGAACAGAUAGUUGUGAGAUUAUAAAACUGCAAAUGUAAUUUAUCUUUCCAUAUUUCUUUGCCUUUCUUAGUCUUCUCUUUCCCAGUACUGAGUGUCCCCACAAAUGUCUCCUACUCAAAACAUUUCUUUUCCAUUCAGUUAAGAUUUAGUAGCAUUCAGGGUUGUGUGUUGGCCUCAUAUGCUCGACUCACCAGUUUCACAUUGCUUCCAUUCCUGCGCUUCGGUUAUGCCUUUGUUCAGUUUCUUAGAAAUUGCAGCCAACUCAUUGGGCUACAUUUAGUACAGGAACCAUGUGUGUAACUUAUAGGACACAGUCUAGUAAUACAAUCAUCCUUCUUAGAGUUAAAAACUACCUCUAGAAUGUGGUAAGCUUUUACUGUCCCAUGAAACAGGAGCCACAAGUACCUUAUGAAUGCAAGAUUAGCUUCCUGCAGUGUUUCCAGACAGAACAUUGUCUUUUCUGGUGUCCUGGGCGAUUUUGAGAACAUUUUCAUUGGAAGACUUUUUAAACAUUUCAUUAGUAGCUUUUUUUAAGUCACCCCAGCUUUGCAAGAUGUCUUCAUCACUCAUUCUUUUGCUCAGACUAUGUCAUUGUAAAUAACGACUCCUAACCUCUCUAAAUCACUUUUUCCUCAGUUUUCAAGGAGGAAGUCAUUUGUAAAACACAUUAGUGGUUAAAUCAAAGUUAUUAUGGUUUUAUCUUACUGCAAGCCUUUUUAAUUACUCACAGGCUGCAUUAUUCUCUCUCUAUAGCCUUCUCUUCAGAUCUGCUCCAGUCACUAGCUUCUCCUGUAAGCUAACCCUGCCUCACACUUUAAAUCUGUUUCAGUGAUCAAGGGCAGAAUUGUGGCCUUAUCUUUCUUUGUUUUAACUGUUUACUAGCUUCUCCUUGCAAACUUGCUUAUUUCCGAGUAGUAUUUAUUCUUCUAUGUUGUGUCACGGAAGUAGUCUUUACACAGUGCUUUUUGUUCGGAGUGUGGAAAUAUUUUCAGUGCCGCUUUCCUUUGAAUGGGCCACAAGUUUCCUCCUCUUCCCAGAUUUGGUAUUUAGUUAUGAAACUGUGUUAAAUUAACUGGUAACAGAUGAGAUAUUUUGGAAGAACAAACGAUUCCUUACCUACCUUUGCAGCUCAAAUUAAUUUUUCAAGUUUAUGGCUUUAUUAAAAAUGAACUUCGCUUUUUUACUAUUUAAUUAUACCUUAUUUUGGCUCGUCGUUUCUUUUAAUAAGAUGAUUUUGAAAUAUUAGACUGUAAAGCCUUUUCCUGUUUGUUUUUUGUUUGUUUGAACAGCCCAAGAAUGUACUUACACAGGCAUUUCCCUUGCUGUUUUAUGCCAUUAUGCAUACCACAAACUAAAGGCUGAAAUGAUUCGUCUGUUGUAGCUUCUUUUUUAUCAGUAGUUCUUUUGCCAGCUGCUUUAAAAAAAAAUCUUCGUGGGUUUGUGAAUCAUUCAGUGUGUAAUUUAUAGGAGCCUUGUCCUCUGUUUAUAGAAGAACUCAGCCCCUCCUCCAAUGGCAUUAUUAGAGAUGCUGGUCCUUUUCCACAUAACGACUCUCUUAGAAACGUGAACGCUUCAGUUAAAGUAGAGAACUGUCGACUUUGGGGUUUUGUUUUUGUUUUUUAAUUCUGUUUGAGAAGCGUGUCUUCUGCUCUCAUGAGCUAUGCAAUUUCUAAAAAUAUGCUAGAAACUGAGUCUGUGAUCUGGUAUGUUUUCAUUAUUUCCAUUGAAUUGAUCACAUAGAUUGGGAAGGCAAGUUAAAGACUUUUAAAUGUAGAAUGCCCUUUUGAUUUUGGAUGAUUUCAGAAUUGAACACUAGGAUAAUAUUUAACCUGCUGCUGACUUUUCUUCAACUCUGGCAACUAAAGGCAUCCCCAUUUAUAUGUUAGUGAAAUAUUUAUCACUCUUCUGCACAGACUUAUUUGCGAUCAUAACUGGUUAGUUUUUGUGUGUUUUUUUUAACAAAACUGGUACCAUCUGUGCCCUCACAGAAUAUUCCCAAUGCAGUUUCUGAGAACUAAGCUUCGUCAUGUUUAACCAGAUAAUCCAUGGGGGGAGGGGUUCCUUUUUUAAACAAAAUGCUCUUCAAUUAUUAACCAAGUUACUUACUUCUGAUUUCAAAAGCAGCUGUGUUUUCUGAUGAGUACUGAACAAAUGUGUGUAUUUUCUGUGCCAGACUUUUGACUUUGUUUUCAAGCACUGUAAUGUGGGAUGAAUGAUUAGAAACAAUAAUAUAUUAGGGUUUCUAUUUAACCCUUUCAGGACUGAACUGUAUCUCCUUUUAUUAAUUUUUCCCUGUGUUGUGAUAAAUGUUUGCCAGCAUUCAGUACUGUGUUGGUCCACAUGUAGGUUUAUAUGCUCAUUUUUAGCUUAUUUCUUGUACCUUGCAGCAUGCUCUACGCAUUCAGUCCUUAAGGGGUUUAUUUUACAAACUGUGCGCCUGUAAGGUUUAUUAGCAAUAAGAUAGAAAAUUGAGCAAGUUUAUACCAUAAUUUUGUAGAAAAAGGAAUCUGCUCAGUUCCAUAUUUCAUCCAUGAGAAACCUGCAAUACAGCAGUUUCAAGGAAUAAAUAAAAAGGAAAUGUAAACCAUUGUAAAA